UCUCUCGCGAGGCGUCAGCCUUGUUGGGAGUCUUGUUGUCGAGAGUCCUCUUCUAUUAAAUUUUCCUUUCUAUUUUGCGUUGAAGAGUUUGAGUUUUCGUGGAUAUAAGAUAGUGCAAUAUCGUGUUAACAUAUAAUAUAUAUAUAUAUAUAUAUAUAUAUAUAUAUAUAUAUAUAUAUAAAUACAUAUAUAUACAUACAUACAUAUAUAUAUAUAUAUGUAUAUAUAUAUAUGUUGAAAAAGCUCGUGACUUGAUCGGUCUCGGUAAAAUCGGUUUUUGAAAAGAGGGAUAAAGAGGAGAAAGGGUCCCAAAAUCGUUGCUGACAAAGUAGGGAGUUGUGAGACUGAAGUGGGAGAGAAAAAAAGAGAUAGAAGUUAAAUGGAGUCCAUGUUAAGUUAAAUCCUCUCACGAUUUGUGUACAACAUGAUGCUCGUCGACUUGAGCGGGAAAUACUUAAAAAUGGCCGGACAUUUUUAUUGGCGAAUCUUCAUUGCAAUUUUUAUUUUUGCGACUUUCAUUUCCACAGGUUCUACAGAAGCCCACCAAACAAGGGAUUUAAGGUUGCCAAUAAACAGAGGAACAAUGCUCGGAGGAAACGGCUCACCGACGGAAAUAAUAACAAGACGUCAUAAUUGGCUAGGGAUGACCAUCCCUCAACGAAGAGGUUCACAUCCCAAAAGACCACAUCCUUGCGAACAAAGUUCGUGUUAUCCUGCCACGGGGAAUCUUUUGAUUGGCCGAAAAAAUCGCUUGACUGCUUCGUCUACUUGUGGUCUCAAGGGUCCAGAAAGAUAUUGCAUCGUUUCUCAUCUUAAAGAACGAAAGAAAUGCUUUUUCUGCGAUGCAUCCUUGCCCAAACAACAGCACAAUAUUGAGAAUAUCGUUGAUGGAACAAAUUCACGAUAUUGGUGGCAAGCUGAAAAUGGAAUAGAAUAUGUAACCAUCAGAUUCGAUCUAGAGGCUGAAUUUCAUUUCACUCAUAUCAUCAUUCGUUUCCAAACCUUCCGUCCUGCAGCUAUGCUUAUAGAAAGAUCUUUCGAUUUUGGAAAAACUUGGAAGGUUUACAGAUACUUUGCCCAUAAUUGCGAGCAAUCCUUCCCAGGUGUAGCUACGCAUCAACCACAAAGUUUGACCGAUGUAAUAUGUGAAACACGUUAUUCUGGCGUAGCCCCAUCCACUGGUGGUGAAGUAAUCUUUAGAGUAUUGCCACGAAAUUUGGAAAUCGAUAAUCCGUAUUCGAUAGAAGUACAAAAUUUAUUGAAGAUAACCACUCUCAGAAUCAACAUGACGAGAUUACAUACAUUGGGAGACGAUUUGUUAGAUUAUCGUCCAGAGACUGGGGAAAAAUAUUAUUAUGCUAUCCAAGACAUGGUGAUUCGAGGAUCCUGUUCUUGUUAUGGGCACGCAUCGAGAUGUCUUCCUUUACCAGGAGUGGCACAAGAAGAAAAUAUGGUACAUGGAAAAUGCGAAUGUACUCACAACACAAAAGGACUGAAUUGUGAAAAAUGCGAGGAUUUCUAUAAUGAUUUACCUUGGAAACCAGCGGUUGGUAAACAAACGAACGCUUGUAGACCUUGCAAUUGUAACAAUCAUACAUCUUCCUGUCACUUUGACGAAACAGUUUACGAAAGAUCUGGUAGAGUUUCUGGCGGUGUAUGCGAUGAUUGUCAGCAUAACACGCGUGGUCAAAAUUGUGAACAGUGCAAGCCAUUUUAUUAUCAUGAUGUUAGUAAAGAUAUCUCGGAUAUUGAAGCCUGUCAACCUUGCGAUUGUGAUCUUAGUGGAUCCUUGGACGAUGGCAUAUGUGAUUCCAGAACCGAUCCUCUUAGUGGCGAUGAGUCUGGUCGUUGUCACUGUAAAGCGAACGUAGAGGGUCGUCGUUGUGAUCAUUGCAAGAAUGGUUUUUGGAAUUUCAAUUCAGAAAAUCCUCAAGGAUGCCAAGCAUGUACUUGUAACACUCUUGGUACCAUCGAUAAUCAGGGUUGUAAUAUGAUAACUGGUGAAUGUACUUGUAAACGUUACGUUACCGCACGAGAUUGUAAUCAAUGCUUGCCAGGAUAUUGGGGACUUUCUGAAGAUCCCGAUGGAUGUAAACCUUGCGAUUGCGAUCGUGGUGGUUCAUAUGAAAAUUCUUGCGACGUUGUUACCGGACAAUGUCGAUGCAGACCACACAUCAUCGGUAGAACUUGUAAUCAACCAGAACAAGGCUAUUAUACCGGCUCUUUAGACUUUUUAAUUUAUGAAGGUGAACUAUCAAGAGCAACUGACAAUUGUCAAGUUGUAAUAAGAGAACCUUAUCGCGAUGGAAGAAAUAGUACUUGGACGGGGACUGGAUUUAUGAAAGCUUUACAAGACUCAACUCUCAACUUUACGAUCGAUGAUAUUCGUAGAUCCAUGUGGUACGAUAUAAUAGUACGCUAUGAACCAAUCCAGUCGGGUACAUGGGAAGAUGUUCAAAUAAUUAUUGAAAGAGACGAACCUGUCGAUCUUAAUGGUCCUUGUGCCAAUUCAAAACCAGAAUAUGAUCGAUUAUGGGUACAGUUACCAUAUCAUUCAAGAAAUUCCAUUGCUCAACCUUCCGUUUGUUUAGAAAAAGGCAAAAAAUACAACGUCAUAUUGCAAUUCCGUAAAUUUAAUAGUCAUGUAGAUACACCCACGGCAUCUAUAUUAAUUGAUUCUAUUAUUGUGAGACCAAAAAUAGAUGCCAUACCUUUCUUCAAUGCACUUGAUGUCGGUGAAUUACGUCGUCAGGAAUAUGAGUUAUGCAAUCAAAUACUUAACGACGUCAAUUACAUUCGGAAUAAUUUACCUGAUGAGUGUAAAAAGUAUCAGGAUAGUAUCGGUUAUUAUGUCUUUGAGGGUGCACAUCCUUGCGAGUGUAAUCCUACAGGAUCACAUAGUCUUCUUUGUCAGAAUUAUGGUGGCUUAUGUCCUUGUAAAGUUAACGUAGUCGGUAGACGAUGCGAUCGUUGUGCACCAGGAACUUAUGGAUUUGGUCCAGUAGGAUGUAUACCUUGCGAUUGCGAUGGCGUUGGUGCUUUGGAUAAUUUUUGUGACGUUAAAACUGGACGAUGCAAGUGUCGACCAAAUACAUAUGGAAGAACGUGUGGCCAAUGUGAACCAGGUUUUUGGAAUUUUCCACAUUGUCAACGAUGUCAAUGCCAUGGUCAUGCAGAUAAUUGUGACUCUAGAACCGGAGCUUGCAUCAAUUGUCGUGAUUCUACCACUGGUCACAAUUGUGAUCGUUGUAUUGAAACCUUUUACGGUGAUCCACGAAUAGGAGUGGACAUACCGUGUAGACCUUGUCCUUGUCCAGGUACAUUAAAUUCUGGUCACUCAUACGCGGAUAGCUGUUCCCUCGAUUCUAUAACUCAGGAUGUAAUUUGUGAGUGUUAUGAGGGAUACGGCGGUCCACGUUGCGAAAAGUGUGCUGAGAAUUAUUUCGGCAAUCCUGAAGUACCAGGUGGAAAUUGCGAGCUUUGUGAAUGUAAUAAUAAUUCCGAUCUGAGUCAACCUGGUAACUGUGAUCCACAUACCGGACAUUGUCUACAAUGUCUCUACAAUACCGAUGGACCGAACUGUCAAAUUUGCAAACCUGGAUUUUACGGUGAUGCACUUAAACAAGAUUGUAAAGAAUGUAAUUGCGAUUUCCUAGGAUCCGACAGAUCGAUUGGACCUUGCGAUCAUCGUACUGGACAGUGUCCUUGCUUGCCACAUGUGAUUGGUCAACGUUGUGACAAUUGCGAAGAAAAUCAUUGGAGAAUUGCAAGCGGUCAAGGUUGUGAUCCUUGCGAAUGUGACGCUGUUGGAAGUGUAUCUGAUAAGUGUAAUCCCUUCGAUGGAAGUUGCGAGUGUAGAGCAGGUUUUGGUGGACGAAGAUGCAAUGAAUGUCAAACGAAUUUCUGGGGAAAUCCAAAUAUCGAAUGUACACCAUGCGAAUGCAAUGUAAUUGGUUCUUCAAGUCAACAGUGUAAUAGAGAAACCGGUGUCUGUAUUUGUCACAAAGGAAUAGGAGGUGAAAAGUGUGACCAAUGUGACCGUGGUUAUCAUGGAGAGGCACCACAAUGUAGUCCGUGCGGUGAAUGUUUCGACAAUUGGGAUUUAACAUUAGACGAAUUGAAAAACAAGACGAAUCUUGUAAUAGAGGAGGCUUCCAGGAUACAGAAGGUCGGUACUACUGGGGUUUACAGUCAGGAAUUCGACGAUAUGGUCAAUUCAUUGAACCAAGUACGUGAUUUGAUCAGCAAUACUUCUAUCAAGAGUCAAGAUUUAGAUGAGUUAACAGAUUUGGCCGAGGAAUUGAGUAAAAAUAUUUCGAAUUCAGCGAAACAACUUGAGGAAGUCGACAAUAUGUUAGAAAAUGUUAGUCAACGAGUUAAUCUUGGCGAUGUCGCAUUAAAGAAAUUGAAAAAUAGAACGAAUAGCUUGCAUCAGGGUGCUAUGGAAUUAAAAGAGAACGCAACGAUAUUACAAGAGGAGAAUGUUCAAGGUGCCCUAAAUGUGACGCAACAAAUGGCCGAGCAAUCUCGACAAGCCGAAAAGAUGGCAAACGCUACGAGUAAUAUAUUGGCCGAUGCGGAGAGAUAUCGCAAACAUACGGAAAAUCUCUUAAUCAAAAAUAGUGUAUCGUUUAACGAAGCCCAAGGGAGAAAUAACGAAUCUCUUCUAAAAUUAAGCGAUAAGUUAAAUACAUUGAACGGAGAUAUGCCUGAAUUGAACCUUAAAAUGUGUGGUGACAAUGUCACCGAUUGUAGCAACGUUUGUGGCGGCGCUGGAUGUGGCUUCUGCGGAGGACUCUCUUGUGACGUUGGCGCGAUAACCAAAGCUAAUCAAGCAUUGGAUGUGGCCAAACAACAGGCUGAUAAAAUUAAAAAUCAAAAGGAUGAAGCGGAACAAUUAUUACGUAAUAUGAUCCAAAUCAAACAAGAUGCCGUAGCGGCUAGAUCGAAUGCACAAGAUGCAUUUAAUAAUGCUUUAGAAGCAAGAAAUCGUUCCGACAAGAUUACCAAAAGUUUAUCGGACACUAACAAGCGAAUUUGGAGUAUGCUGGACGAGGAACAGCCAACACCUACGAUGGUGAGAGAUCUGGCUAACGAUAUAUUAAACAAGAACAUCAAAUUAAAACCUGAUGAGAUCAAACGAUUGGCCAGUCGCAUAAAAACUAUCGUUGGUUCUCUCACGGAUUCCGACAAAAUUCUUGCCGACACAAAGGACGAUCUCGAAUUAGCUCAUAAUUUAGAGGAAAGUGCUAAUCAAGCCAAGGAUACAGCGUUGAAAAAACAAAAUGAAACGAACGAAGUUGUAUUGUUAUUAACAGAAGCGAAAAAGGCACAGGAAUUGGCAAAAGCCGCCAUAGAUACAGCUCAAAGUGACGUGGCCAAAUCGGAAAAAGAUUUGACCGAUAUAGCUGUCCUCAUAAAGGAAGCUCAAACAAAAGCCAAUGAUACCACCGAUUCCGUAAAAGCUUUGGACACAAGAUUGAAGCAAUUACAAAAGCAAUCGGCCAAGAACGCUUUCAUUUUGAAUAAGGAGAUAGAAGUUGAAACUCUUAAAGUCGCCAAUGAGGCUCGUGUCGUCGAGGGAAAAACGAAAAAAUUAGCGGAGGAGUAUAAAAAGGCUGACGAAUUUUUAAAUUAUCGAAUAAAUAAAAGCGAAGAUGAUAUAAAGAGAGCCAAGAAAUUACUUCAAAGAGCUUCCGAAUUGACAGCUGAUACGUCUACUAAAUUUAAAGACUUAGACGGUAUGGAAAGCGUUUAUAAAGACAACGAGAGAAUAUUAACCGAUCUCAUGGCCGAAAUAGAUUCCCUAACCGUAGAAAUGGUGAAACAUUUAGCAGAGAUCGAGCGAAAGGCACAGAUCUACAGACAAUGCACCUCUUAAUGCGCAUUUAUUUAUAACGUUUAUGGCACCUUAGAAUCGAAUAUUCAAAAGAAAUCUCUAUUCGGCUCAUCCUUCUAACGACACUAACUCUUAAUCCCAAUCUAUAAUAAUUUUCUAAAUAAUUAUUAAAGUUAAACAUAUCAUAUUAUUACUCAAAUAGUUUUUAUCACGUUUAUAUUUACAUCAUAUUCUCAUCUUUUUUAAUUCAUACUUAUAUAAUGUACUAACGUAGAUAUCGAUGACGGUCAAUUGUUUUUAUAGUGCCAUAAUAUCUAACAAAAGUGCCGUGUUUUUCUGUGAAUGAAAUUGAAUCUAAUCGAACUGUAUUUUUACUUACAUUUUUGCAAUUAUUUUAUUUGUGUUUUUUUUCUUUUUUUUUUUUUACAAAGCUAUUUUGUAUAAUGUCAUUUGCCCUAUAAUAUUAUCUGUUGUACAUAUGUAGUUUUUACAUCUAUAUAUAUAUAUAUAUAUAUAUAUAUAUAUAUAUAUAUAUAUAUAUAUAUGCGUUAAUUUGUAUCGCACAACAAUUAUAGAAAUAAUCAUUUGAUCGUUUCUAUAAUUUUCAUUUAAUAUUGUAAUAAAAGACAACAUUAGGUAAUAUGAUUUAAUAUAGAUGCUUAAUACAACGUCAAAGUUCUCGAAGAGAAUUAAUCAUUUUAUAUAACAUUAAGGAAAGAAAAAAAAAAAUUGUAGUGUUAUGAUCGAACCAAAUGCCUUAGUAAAUAUAUAAAUAGGAUAUAAUAAAAAAUUUGUUAACAAUAUAAUACGCAAUAGAAUAAUAUGUUAGAAUAAAUAAACGUGAUUAACAGAGUCGAAAAAUAAUCUAUGAGAUAAAAUAGAAAUCGAUUCAAUUGACACCAAAAUCUUCUUCGUAAAAGUCCAUUAAAAUUACAUGUUCAAAGUAA